CGUGAUUGGUUUUCGACAUCGAUUGCCCUUGACUGACUCGCAAAGAAACGCUCUGAUUGGAUCUGAUCCUUUCACAGGACAAGUCGCUCCUCCCUCACAGAGGACAGGUCAAAGAUGGCGUCGAUUAGGUGUUUUCUUCGCUCCGGGAAGAGUGCCGUCUCGGUGGUCCUGCGUAGAGAGUUCAGCAAGACCUCUCCAGCGGCUGUGCAGGUGAAUGUCCGAGAUGCCCUCAACCAGGCCAUGGAUGAGGAACUGGAGAGGGAUGAGAGGGUCUUCCUUCUGGGGGAGGAGGUGGCCCAGUAUGAUGGAGCCUACAAGGUGAGCAGGGGACUGUGGAAGAAGUAUGGAGACAAACGAAUCAUCGACACGCCAAUCACAGAGAUGGGCUUUGCAGGCAUUGCUGUUGGUGCGGCAUUCGCCGGGCUGAGGCCAAUCUGUGAGUUCAUGACGUGGAACUUCUCCAUGCAAGCCAUCGACCAGGUGAUCAACUCAGCUGCUAAGACCUACUACAUGUCAGCCGGAGCCCAGCCUGUCCCCAUUGUGUUCCGCGGUCCCAACGGCUCCUCUGCAGGUGUGGCAGCCCAACACUCCCAGUGCUUCGCUGCCUGGUACGGCCACUGCCCCGGUCUCAAAGUAGUCAGUCCCUGGAACUCUGAGGACGCCAGAGGGCUCCUCAAAGCAGCUAUCAGGGACAACAACCCUGUGGUGUUCCUGGAGAAUGAGCUGAUGUACGGUGUGCCCUUUGACCUGUCUGAGGAGGUUAUGCACAAAGACUUUGUCUUACCUAUUGGAAAGGCCAAGGUGGAAAGACAAGGAACUCACAUCACUCUCGUGUCACAUUCCCGGUGUGUGGGGUUCUGCCUGGAUGCUGCGGCCGUCCUGGCUAAAGAGGGGGUUGAAUGUGAGGUGGUUAACCUGCGUACCAUAAGACCUCUGGAUGUGGAGACCAUUGAGGCCAGCGUGAUGAAGACUGGCCAUCUGGUCACGGUGGAAGGGGGCUGGCCCCAGUACGGAGUAGGGGCUGAGAUCUGUGCCAGGAUCAUGGAGGGCCCCGCCUUCAACUACCUGGAUGCCCCUGCAGUCCGCGUGACCGGUGUCGACAUCCCCAUGCCCUACGCUAAGAUCCUGGAGGACCACAGUGUACCUCAGAUCAAAGACAUCAUCUUCACAGUCAAGAAGGUCUUGAAUAUGUAAACAUACCAAUGUCCCCCUC